GGCACUUUGAUUGAUGUUUACAUUGCAAUGGGAAUCUCUUUGGUGUAAUCCUUUUUUGAUCUUGACAUGGCCCAGUUGUCGUCAGAGAGCAAGAAUUCUACGUCCAAUAACGCGAGUCUCUCACCUUUACACAUUUGAAGACAAUUAUUCGACAUCUACCAUGUGUACAAGAUCAUGAAGAUUAAUGCCUUGAUGUAGGAUAUAAUAUGGCACACUAAUAUCAUCCAAGCUUAUACAUUCUUAAUCAUCAGCUAAUUCUUCAUGAGAAGGAUAUCUACAUGAAUACCUGGACUUAAUAGAUUCGUCAUGCUCUGAGAAAUGUUGGUCUGGUGGAGACUUCAGACUUCAUAUCUAAGCCCGUUGGAGGACAUAUAUUCUACACCCAAUAACGCAAGGCCCUCGGCCAAUUCUUCAGGCUUCGAGGAUGUAUAGUGUGUGAGAUCUAGUAGAUUAAUUCUCACUUUGAAUGAACUGACAACCUGAAGGAGAUUAUGAAGGGAUAAAAACUUGGCAUUUUACGAGAGAACAUGAAUUCGACAUCCUAUAACACGAGUCUCUCGAACAAUUCUUCAGGCUUCGAGAAUUUGCAGUCUUUUUGCGACUUUAGUAGUCAAGUUAUGUCCACAGUGGUCUUGAAUGCCAUCGCAAUAGUUCCACCCUCCUUGACCCUCAUUAUCAUCCUAAUCCACAAGAAGCUAAGGAAGCAGCACAACAUAAUACCUUUCAAUAUCAUUCUUUGUGAUUUCUUCGUCGUUGCCCUAAGCGCGUAUCUCCUUGCAGCGGAUUCGUCAGCGGAGACCAGCCUCUUCUACAAGAUCGUGCGGACGCUACUUCUACCAAUCGACUUCUCCUCUCUGAUAAACAUCCUCCUCGCCGCCAUCUACCAGUUCAUCAAUAUCUGCGUAGACCCCUUCGGUGCCCGCCACAUCAUCACCACACCCCGCAUCAUCGGCGCCUGCGUCCUAACCUGGCUACUCCCAUUAAUCCUAAUUGGGCCCUUCAAUUGGAGAGGCCUUGAUCAAAAUUUAUUUUUGGUAUUUCUUGGAUUUGAGUUCGGAGCUCUCCUAUUCACAGGCCUCUGCUAUGUCUUCAUCUACAGAGCAAUUUCUACAGGUCCUCCAGGUGUGAAUUUUUCGAAGGAGAGAAAACGCGAAAACGAGACAGUUUUUCUCACAAUUUCACUAGUGUAUGUAACAACACUGGUCCCUAGAUCUUUCUAUCUUCUCGGAAUUCUCCUGUACAUAUAUCAUGGUGCUCUUUGCAGCAUUGUCAUUAUGGCAGGUGUAGCAUACAACGGGAAUUUAGUUGUAAAUAGUCUGGUGUACUGGUGGCGUCUAAAAGAGUUUAGGUCCUUGAUAACACAGUGUCGAACAAAUAAAGUUGAUUUACAAUGAUUGGUGCACUGACACAUGGAAGUUACUGGUAGAUCCAAGGUGGUGAUGGGGGUGGGGGCACAUGCAGAUCCUAACUUUCGGACUAUACCCAACUUGGAUAGAAAUUAUGGAAACAGAUAAUUCAUCCAAUAAAUUAACCUUUGGUUUAUAUUUUAUUUUAUCAAGUGUUUUUUUCUUCUAGUAAGUUAAGAUUGCAAAAAUUAUUCCUGUCCAUAGAAAAGAUGAUUGUGAUUCAUUCAAAUGUCAUCAACUGAUAUCUGUGUUGCCUUGUAUACCAAAACCAUUAGAAAAAUGCGUUUAUAAUCGUUUAUAUAAUUCCCUUAAAAAAAGAUGUACUUUCUGAUUGUCAAUUUGGUAUUGGGAAAAAACAUUCUGCAAUUAACCCAUGCUUUAAUUGAUUUACAGGAUAAAAUAACCUUAGCAAUUAAAAGUAAUAAUUUUU